AGUGGACUGAUCGAAUGUUGUAUUUUUUCUACGCGACGUGUUCAUAACUUUAAAUAGAUUCAAGAUGUGCUACAAGGGAAAAUUACUUCACUGCAUCCCAAUUGAGUUGGUCUGCCUCACACUGGGCAUUUUUAAUGCGAUCGUUAAUUUGUUGCUCUUGGUGCGAUAUGCCUUCAUAUGGUUCAUGGUAUUGGCCAUGGCAGACCCAAGAUCAUUGACAUUCAGUAAUUUAUUCGGUAGUCACUUCUACCGAGGUUGGAUUCCUGAGGUGUUCCUAUACGUCAUAGUGCCAUUCGUUGUGCUUUUCAACUUUAUUUUCUCCAUUCUGCUGUGCAAUGGAAUAUGUCAACGUAAACCAAGGCAGGUGAAAGCCUACUUCUUGUACGGAGUGGGUAUCACGGCGUUAGCGACCCUAGUGUCUGCGAUAUUACUCAGCUGUGACAGCGAACAACUAGGUCUACAUCGGUAUACAGACCUGGGGGCAGAUGUCGAGUUCAGAAUAGCCCAGGGACUCUGGCUCCUGUUUGGAUGUGUCCUUCACGCGCUGUUCCUCGUACUAGUUCACCUUACUCACAAGAAGCUUAAAGAAGACAAAUCAUUCGACCAUGUUCCUCUACAGGAAUUCAGCAAUGAGAAAAAAAAUUAGUUACAUAAAAGUUUAAAUCAGGAGAGGUACACAUCUGCGUCCCUGUCGGUCGAUUGGUGAAUGAAAGAAGUGCGAGAAAGAUGAAAGGAUUUGUUUAGGUUUUUUUGUUUUAGCCGCUAAAUUGACAAUCCGAUCGGUGGUCGUGUGUGGCCAAAGUGUUCCGUCCUUUAGAGUAUAGAAUAUGUAGGUAUGUACUAAAUAUUAUAAAUGAGACUUGUAAAAUACUUGUGAAAAUCUUAGAAACAUAUUAUCUGGCUUUACUAUUUUACUUUUUGUUUAGGGUUGGAGACAAAUAAAAAAAAUGGAAUGUGAUUUUUUUAGUACUUAAAUUGAUAAUCGAGUUUUGCAUUUAUUUAGUCCAGUUACUAAACUUACUAAUGAUAUUAUAUGAUUGGAUGUAAAAAAAUACUGAAAUAAGCUAUUUUUAUAAUAUCUAAAUGUUGUAAUAAGUUUAUUUAUUUAAAAUUCUGAAAAAUUAGUCCUGACAUUUGGUGUGUAAAUAAAUUAUGAAGUUUGUAUGAAUAAAGGCUAGUGAUUUGUAUGGUCGAAAUAAAAUUAUAUAUAUACUCUUUUGUACUAUUAAAAUGUUAUAUAAAAUUAAUAUAGGACAUAGAGUUUUAUUCAAUAAGGUUACCCAAUUGAGAUUGUAUCUUGUAUCUUGUCUACCUGGUAGGUAAGUACUAUUAGUUUUUGCCAAUUGUGCUUUAGGUAUUAUGCUAUUUGGUUUAUGUCAAUUUAUGUAAGAGGGUUGGGAAAUAGCGAUAUUAUAAUUAAAAAUAAAACAAGUUA